AUGUCGCAACCCUCUCCUCCUCUGACAGUGCAUCACCUCCACAUCUCCCAAUCCGAACGUAUCGUCUUUCUGUGCGAGGAGCUGCAAAUCCCCUACACGCUCAAGACGUACACGCGGGCGCCGAUAUUCGCACCACCGGACCUCGCGGCCCUGACACCGCAGCGGUCCGCCCCCGUCAUCACGACGACCAACCCGGUCACGGGCGUCGAGUUCAACAUGUCCGAGUCCGGCGCCAUUGCAGAGUACAUCAACACCGUCUACGGCGGGGGCAAGCUGGCCGUGAAGCCCCACCAGGCAAACUACCCGGACUACGUCUUCUGGUUCCACUACGCGACCGCGAGCCUGGGCCCGUCCUUCUUCCGCAAGAUGAUGGCCCUGGCGACCGACCCUGCGGGUUCGAGCCAGUAUUCCCGGUCUGUCGUCAUGGCCGGCAUCCACAAGCACUUGGCCGCGGUGGAGGCGCGGCUCGCCGAGGCCACCUAUCUCGCCGGCGACGAGUUUACGCUCGCCGACGUCAUGAUCGUGUGGUCGCUCACCACGGGCAGGCAGUGGUAUCAGGUCGACUUGUCGGCCCAUCCGGCCGUGUUGGCCUACUUGGACCGCGUGGCGCAGAGGGACGGCUAUCAGAGGGCGAUUGCCAAGGCGGAGCCGGGCCUGGAUUGGCGGAGAGGCAUCACGGCCGAAGGGCCGGACCUGUUCGGCCCGUAUAGGGACAUGCUCGUGAAGAUGGGGGUCGAUGUUGACAAAGGCAAAGGCCAAGGCUAA